AUGGACGAGAUUCCAGACGGGGCAUUCCCUUCUUUCAAAGAUGAUGAUGACUUGUUUCUCCUCCCCGAGCCACCUACUGAUGCUGAACCUAGCCUCCCUGAGCCCCCUGCUGACAAUGAUCCUGGAUCUGAAGUCUUAACCCGUGCCUCAGAGGUUCAGCCUCUUCCUCUGAGUGACAUGGAAAUCAUGAGGUGGGGUCGGGUCAUUUUACAAAGAAGAGCACUCCCCUACUCAUUUUCGACUUCAAUCGGUGGGGCUUCCCCGGCCAAUACUCCCCCCGACCUGCUCAACGAGGGUGUUCUGGUGUCCGACCCGCCCCCUUGGCUCGCCCUACUCGCCCCCGGACUGGAGGUGUCUCAGGCAGCUCGCCAAGCCCGUGCUACUAAUGAUCGCUUGAGCCAGGAUGCCCCUUCUGCUUCUAGACGUAGGGCUCAGCUACAUUCUGAUGAUUCUGAUUCGGAUGAUCAGCCAUUGGCUCAGAGACGUCGACGCCGAGCCCCUCGUCCUGUGUCAGACUCAGACCCGUCCUCUAUCCCUUCUCCUCCUCCUCCGGUUGCAGCUGCCUCUCUUCCACCUCCUAUUGUGACUCCGCCUCCUGUCCCGAGCCAGGCAGAUGUUUCGCCGAAUCCCACCGCAAUUCCAGUUGAGCCUCCCACUGCUCAACCUUCUCCUCCAGCUCAACUUCCUACGCAACCUUCUACGUCACCGCAGCACUAG